GGCGUGGGGACGGGGCUGCGGGGUGAGGACAGGCCUAAGGCAGGGGCUGCGGGGCAGGGACAGGCUGUGGUGCCUCAGGAGGCUCCUGUGGAACCGUACCUAAGAUGUCUUCCCCAGCCCCGUGCAGGGCCGGGUGGCAGGCAGAGGGUUAGGUUAUGCCUUGUGUCCCUGUUGUCAGUAUCUUUGCACAGCCCUGCCUGUCCACAAGCUGUGCUGCCCCCAGCACAAGCGGGCACAGGGGCUUCCACAUUACGAGUGAUGUUACCUACAGUUCCUGGUACGUACACGGACCUGCGUAUUACCAAAGGGUGCUGUUUCGUGACGCUUUUCAUUGAACCCACUCUGGAUUGCUGCAGGACAGCUGUACCAGUGGUCUUCCUGCUCACCUUGACAAACCAUGGGGUCGGGCUUGAGUAGGAUGAUAUUGCUGCAGGCGUCCGCCAGUGGGAUGUUGCAUGGUUAGAAAUGGGCAAGGUGGUCAUCACACCAUGGCAAACAGGCAAAUGAGUCCACAAGUAAGCCCUGCUCCUCAGAUGUGGUCUGUAUGUUGAAAACAUUUGAGAAUACCCCAGCCAGCUUCUUUUUUCUGCCUGCUUCCAGGUGGGGAACCACGGGUGGAAGAAAACCCAAGGAACCCAUUUGCAGAAUCUGAGAAUUAGCUUGGGAUAGUCAUCAAAGGCUGUCUGGCAGCCAGGCUUCUCUCAAGGAGCCAAGUCCAGGUUAUACACAUGCCCUUAAUUUAGCCAUUGCUUAAUAAUAUAUGAAUGGUAAACUGCAACCUCCAAAAUAGUCUCCUAAUAUAAAUUUGCAAUGAACAUCCUUGGGAUCAUUUUCAAAGAAAAGAGGUAGAAUAAAAAUCAACAGGGGAUAGUCUCUGAGGCUUUGAGGCUGUGCUGCCUGCUUUAAUAAAAGGUAGCUGAGCCAGAAAGGCUCUCUGCCAGGGAUUUCUCCGCGAUCUGUCUUUCGAGGGCUAAUAUCCUUGAACGUGACCACCUGAUGUCAACUGCUUUUAACCACAGCCUCCUGCCUACCAAAUGAAUACACCAAACAUCACCAUGUUCAGUAAGCGUGUGGCGUCAAAGCAGACGAAGCCCCAGGAGUGGCACGUGUGGCUAGCCUUUGUCCACCCACGCCACAGCUCCUGCACGAAAUGUCUUACAACCACGUGUGCUCCUGGGGCAGGUAGGUUUGUCCUGGAGCUGGGGUCAAGGUGUGCUCAGCUGACAGUGGUGCUGGCUCUGCCAGCUGCGGCAGUGUCUCUAAAGCACCCUGCGUUAAGCAAGGGACUCAGUGUUGCUGCUUUUCCUGUGUUGUUGCAUUUCCUGGCCAUGUCCUACACUGCAGACCUUCAGGCCAGCCGAAAUGCCUCCGUGUCCCCAUGGCGGGGGAUGUUGAAAAUGCCUGGGCACUUUCUGUGGGAGCUGGGCAGCACCUGGAGCUCUGGGUCAGCUCCUUCCUUCCCUGGGGCACUGCCUCUAGCUCAGUGUAUUUGCAUCAUCUCACCAACGGUUCACCACCCUGGGUCCUAGAUGGGGUUUCCAGGCCAAACUGUAGGGGGGAACUGCUCGUCUGGCCCUCUGCCCACCUGGGCACCAGCCCUUGCCUGUCCGACCCCAGGGGCUAUGAGCCUGGGAGACGGCUGAGCAGCAGGGAAGGUGGCUGGACCCCAGCGCUGGACCUGACCUCCUGGACAUCCAUCUGCAUAUUCAGAUGUCGUUCCCAGCCGGUUGGCUGCCUCCGGCCUCCCCACUCCCUCUUUAAAGGACCUGAGCGCAGUGGGAGGACGUGCUGGCACUGCCUCUGCGACAUCCAGUGGCCCCCGGACGCCUGCCCUCAGGCACUGCGCUCCCUGCACCCCUGGAGCCAAGCUCCACACCACUAGCAGGCUGAAAUAUCAAACACCUGGGAAGCCGGCCAAUCUGUCACUGGAAAUGAUCCCCAAUCAGCUGAGGGUCAGCUCUCCGGUGUCUAGGCAGGAACAAGAGACGAUGGAUGGCAGGACUGGCUCUGAGCAGGACAGAGACCGUGUCACUUCAGGGCACAGCCAGGGGCUAAAGUUGGAGCCCUGUUUCCAGACUGACUCUCUCUUGCCUUCCCCCAGUGCGUCCCUGAUAUCACAGCUCCUCAGCCACCCAAUGGUUGGCAGGAGCCUGGAUCCCACCAUCAUUUUCCCUUCCUCUCAGGCAGUGGCCCUGCCUCAGGACUACAAGUGUGGUGCAUCUCCUGGAGAAGGAGCGCAAGCCCUGGCUUUCCCCAGGACCCAUGCCCCGGCUCCUGUGCCCUGUGCUGCUGACAGGGACCAGCUCUCUGACCAGCACCUACAGGACCAGCUCUCCAGCCAGCACCUACGAGCCAAACGGGCCAGGGUGGAGAGCAUCAUCCAAGGCAUGAGCCUCCUACCAACCCCUCAGGCAUUUGACACCAGCCUGGAGGCAGCUUUUGGGCACAAGAGGGAGAGGGGCGGUGAGAUGCCCCGGGAGAGUAAGAGGAAGCCGAGGGUUCCCCAGCAGGCCACAGGGGCAGCUGGGCAAGUGGCCCCCAUGGCGGGCAGCCCCCAUGCUGAGGGCUGCCAGCAGCUGAAGGAGCAGCUCUGCUUUUUAGAGCAGCAACUGAGGCGGCUUCAGGAGAAGUUCUCCCAGGUCUGCGACUCUGGGGACACUGCCCAAACCCAGGAAGGUGCUGAGAAAGUGCAUCCACUGCCUGAAAAUCCUGGAGACAGACCAGACAAGGACAGCGCCACUGCCACCAGCGACGCGCGCAAAGCUCCUCUCUGGAAGAGCGUCCUGGAGGUGCGUGGGCUGGAGGAGGAGGAGGAGGACAGCGGCGACACAGGUGGCCUGCCCUCAGCAGCGAGGGUCCUCUCGCAGGCGCUGAAGCACGAGCUGGCCGGGGUGACGUCGCAGGUGGUGGACUCCGUCCUGAAGACUGUCUGGCCGAAGGCAGCCAACCACCUUCUGCAGCAGCACCGCAGCCUCCCAGUGCCAGGGCCUGAUGUGAGGAGAGAGUAUUUUGCUGCUGGGAAAUGCAGAAAGCCACUUGCUAAGCCAUCUCCCAGGAACGCACCAGGCUUGCUGGGCUCACCUGAGGCCCUGUCAGGAGCUUUGGGGAAGAGCCUGGGCUCUCAUGCUGGCUCCUUCAGUUCAAAGGGGGUCAGAAAACCCUCUCAGGUACCCAGCAUGGGUUAUUCGCUGGUUUCAGCUGCCCCAGUCCAGGACAGCCAGCUGCUGAGCCAGCUGCUGGGCUUCGGCCAGCACGGCCUCUGGGGCAGUAGCUCUCGUGGGAGCCCCUCUGCUCUGGAGAGAGGUCCUCUGGAGCCCCUCGACUUGCACUGGGGAACCGUCAAACUGAGGUCGUCGGUCGUGAGACAGCAGCAGCAGCAUACCCUGCCCCUGAGCCCUGCCGACAUGGAGAGCCUGGCGCUGCUGCCAGCUGGCAGGGAUGGCUGCGGGGAGCUGCAGGCUGUGAUGGAUGGCGUGCCCUUCGCCUCCACCCAUAUGCAGGAGGCGCUGACCCCUGGCCACCUGAAGAAGGCCAAGCUGAUGUUUUUCUUCACCCGCUACCCCAGCUCCACUCUGCUGAAGACCUACUUCCUUGACGUGCAGUUCAGCCGCUGCAUCACCUCCCAGCUCAUCAAGUGGUUCAGCAACUUCCGCGAGUUUUACUACAUCCAGGUGGAGAAGUUUGCCCGGCAGGCCCUGCUGGAGGGCGUUGUGGAUGCUGGCACCCUCCGGGUCUCCCGGGACUCGGAGCUUUUCCGUGCCCUCAACAUGCACUAUAACAAGGGGAACGACUUCGAGGUGCCAGGGCGGUUCCUGGAAGUGGCCAGCCUGACGCUCCGGGAGUUCUUCAGUGCCAUCAGGGCGGGCAAGGAUGCCGACCCCUCCUGGAAGAAACCCAUUUACAAAAUCAUUUCCAAACUGGACAGCAACAUCCCGGAAGGGUUCAAAGCCGCUGGCUGCUCCCAGGAACUGCUCCGCAGCUGACACGCUGUGAAAGCAGCCCUGGGUCCUGUGUGCAGCCACCAUGUGCUAAGCACCUCACCGGCACUCUGUACAGCAUCCAUUAUUCUGAGUAUUUUCUCUCUGGCCUGUAAGACAGCUCCUUGGAUGAGGUCUGUCUCUUGCCUCAGGUGCUGGGAUUUUAUGCUGUGUGUUUUUUUCCCCUGCUCAAAGCUGGUGGGGUCCUACCAGAGACCCUUGGAGGGGAGGGAUAGAGCCAUGAGGUUGGAGCCUGGGAAAUCGCCCUGCCCCAAUUAUCCCCGUGACCCUGGCUGAGCUGCCUUCCUUCUCUUCCCCAAAGGGCCACAGAUCAGGGCAAACAGCCUUUCUGUUUAUAAAGCAGGCAGAGGUCCUAGCAGCGGGCAAAGUUUUCUUGGCACAGCAGACCAGUGGAUGUGCCUGGUCCAACAGCAUCCCUUGGUUUCUGUCCAGAUACAACACACCAGUGUCCAAAGAAAACAGCUGGUGAAUUCCAGCAUUUCAAGCACCCCAUGGGGAUAGUUGACCCUGUCUGGGAGAUGUAAAACCAGUGUUUGUUGCAGCCAGCAUGAACAACACUCCCCCCUGCCUCCCCUGUGCUGUUGGCAAGAGCCCCCCACGCAGCUGUGUGCUGUGGCGAAGCAGGUGAGUGUGCACUGGUGGAAGCAGCCCAGGAGCAACUGCUCAUGAGCAGUGCUACCCAUGAUGCUGGAGGAGAGCAGGGUGCACAGGUGGCACCGCUCAGCCCCUCAACCAGCCCCCAUCAGCCCAUCACCUGGGAGGAGAGUGCCAUGUUAAACACCCACCCACAUCCCUUUACACCAUGCUUCCACUGGCAAAACUGCCUCAAACAUCUUGGCUCCGCAACCUGCCCAUGAUGAAAGAGGAGCACAUUAUUUGGGACCUGUCAGUCCCUGUGGGUUUUAACAUAAGCAGGUGAGGAGCUGGGCCCUGAGGUCUGCAGCCCCAUUGCUGUAGGGAUGUAAACCCAAGGAGGUUUCUUUUCCCUGUGACCAGGAUUCAGUGGCCGCUUUUCCACCCGAUGGAGAGUGGCAAAGCGUUUUGUGUUAAGGGCUCUCAUCCUGGCAGAGGCAGCGGUGGGGAGGGGAAGACUGUGAGGAGAAGGGAUGUCCUGGGAGAGGCAUGGCGGGAGGGCUCUGGGAGGGUGGUGAUGCAUAACUGUGGAUGAGCAAUGACAUCCCCAUGCGAAACACUCAGCGAGAAGAGGAUUGGGAGGAGGUCAAGAUGUUGUUGGAUGUGCUGCAAGGUGCCAGCUAGGUACUAGAGCACAGCAAGUGACAUGGGAGAGGAAAAUCACAGCUCCAGCAUCAGAGGAGCACACAGGGUGAUC